AUGGCGACACUGCUACUACCAGGAGGCCACCCUGAGCCGAGCGCAAAGGAGAAGGUUGACGGCUAUAGCAGAAAUGUGUUUGCGGGCAAGCAAGAGCAAUUGAAUACCGUUGCUCAAUAUGUCGAGCAAAAAGGAUUUAUUCCAAAAGAACUGGUCUUCAAUGAAGUGUCCUGGUUUUACGGAAAUCUGGGCAUUGACGACAUGUACUUUCAAUUGGAAACAAUUGAAUCCAUUGCCCAACAUAUUAUGGCUCUCUAUGCUGCCAAAAUAUUUGCCUUUAUCAAAAACCAAAAUGAAUUGGAAAUCAACCUGGAACGUGAAACUGAUGAUGGUGCCAUCUACAUUCAUACUUCGCGCCCUGGAAUUUCGGAACUCGCUGGUCCUCAACACGAAAGGAGGAUUGAUGCAAAAUACCUAGACGUAUCGAAUCGCACGACUGCCUUCCGUCUCGAAUCAUAUCGAUCGUUGGGUACUGUCUCAUCAGCACUCUCAUCACAAUUACGAUGCUACUUCAUUCGCAAAUGCAGCUUUGUCAAGGAGAAACCUACUCCGGAAGAAGAAAAGGAUAUUCGUCUGAUUUCCGACAAGUCAUUCUUGGAAAAGGCUUCAGAUGGAACUCUGGACGCUUACGAAAAGCUGAUUCGUAAAGUAUUGGGUCGUACUGGACCUAUUGUUCAGUUGUUGGAAGUACCCAAUAGUACUGAAAAAAGGCUGAUUAUUGGAUAUCGUCAACAAACCACGACGAAUUUCUUUUCAGCCAUGUCUGACUUGUAUCACUUCUACGACUUGUAUUCAACUCGUAAAUACGUUGAACAAUUCUCCAACGGAGUCACUAUCAUGUGCUUGUAUCUCAAUCAAUUACCCAAGAGCAUGCAUCCACCUGCUGAUGCAUCCAUCUUACAAGUCAUCAAAGAAGCCAGUUUGAUUUACUGUCUUCCUACAACUCCUCUACAAUCCUUCUUCCAAACUGGAAAGCUCAGUGUCCAAGAAGCAAUCUAUGGAUACGUUUGUUGGAUUUUCGCUCAACACUUCCUCAACCGUCUGGGAAGUGAAUAUCAACUACUGAAAGAGCUUAUGGAUCCCAAUAAUGCUACUCACGUUGAAGUCUUGACCAAAAUGAAGAAACGUCUACGUACUGAUACAUUCACUCGGGAUUACAUUCUUGAUAUCAUCAAGUUGUAUCCUGAUUUGAUCAAGUUGUGUUAUACUCACUUUGCUCUGGAGCAUUAUAUUGCUCCUUCAGAGUCUGUUAUGCCUUCCAUAUCUUACCAACGAUUGCAAGCUAUUCCCGUCCUGUCCGAUGAGGAAUUACGUGAUCAAAUCAAGAAGGUUGUCUCCAACAAUCAUGAGCAGAUGGUAUUCGAAGCCUUCAUGAGCUUCAACAAGCACGUAUUAAAAACGAACUUUUACCAACCCACAAAAGUUGCUUUGUCAUUCCGUAUGGAUCCAUCCUUCCUCCCAGAAAUGGAGUACCCAAACAAACUCUUUGGAAUGUUCUUAGUCAUUGGCUCUGAAUUCCGUGGGUUCCACGUCCGUUUCCGUGAUGUAGCUCGUGGUGGUAUCCGUAUCAUUCGAUCUCGAAACCGUGAAGCUUACUCCAUCAAUUUGCGUGGUCUUUUUGAUGAGAAUUAUUCAUUGGCAGCUACUCAACAACGUAAAAAUAAGGACAUUCCUGAAGGUGGUUCGAAGGGAACCAUACUUUUGGAUGCCAGUGCUCAGGAUAAACCUAAAGUAGCAUUUGAGAAGUAUGUUGAUGCUAUGUUGGACUUGUUGCUGGCUGGUGAAUCUCCAGGAAUCAAGGAGCGUAUUGUCGACUUGUAUGGAAAGGAGGAAAUCCUAUUCUUUGGACCUGAUGAAGGAACUGCAGAUUACAUGGACUGGGCAUCUCAACACGCUCGUUCUCGCAAUGCUAAAUUCUGGAAGGCCUUCACUACUGGCAAAUCACAAACGUUGGGUGGUAUUCCUCACGAUUUGUAUGGAAUGACUACUCGAUCAGUUCAUCAAUAUGUCUUGGGUAUCUACCGCAAGUUGGGAUUGAAGGAAGAAGCCAUGUUCAAAUUCCAGACUGGUGGUCCAGAUGGUGAUUUGGGAUCGAAUGAAAUCAAAAUUUCAAAAGAUAAGACUACUGCCAUUGUCGAUGGUAGCGGUGUCUUAUGUGAUCCUGAAGGUCUUGAUCGUACUGAACUUUUACGUCUCGCCAACUCUCGACAAAUGGUCAGUGCAUUUGAUGUGUCCAAGCUGGGUCCCAAAGGUUUCCGUGUGUUGAUUGAUGAGAAGAACGUCCGUUUGCCAGGUGGCAGACUCAUUGAAGACUGUCUCAAAUUCCGAAACGAAUUCCACUUGGACGAAUUAUCAUCUGCUGAAGUAUUCGUACCUUGUGGUGGACGUCCUGAAGCCGUCGACUUGUCGAAUGUACAUCAACUACUCAAGAAGGAUGGAUCGCCGCGAUUCAAAUAUAUUGUAGAAGGUGCCAAUCUCUUCUUUACCCAGGAAGCACGUCUCCGUCUAGAAAAGUUGGGAUGUGUCAUCUUCAAGGACGCAUCCGCAAACAAGGGAGGUGUAACAUCCUCGUCUCUCGAAGUACUAGCAGCUCUAGCUCUCAAUGAUGAAGAAUUCCACGAGCACAUGCAAGUACAUGAUGCAGCCGCCGUCCCCAAAUUCUAUUCAGCAUACGUGAAGCAAGUACAACAACUCAUUGAAAAGAAUGCCGAACUUGAAUUUGAAUGUCUGUGGCGAGAAGGAAUUCGAACCUCCAAACCAAAAUCACUCUUAUCUGAUGAACUAUCAGUCGCCAUCGUGAAACUGAAUGAAGAGUUGCAGAUUACCACCUUGUGGGAUAAUGUGCCGUUACGCAAAGUAGUGAUGACUGAAGCCUUCCCCAAUUUGUUGUUGGAGUUGCUUGGAUUGGAUACGUUGAUGAAACGGGUGCCUACGAAUUAUGUCAAGGCCAUUUUUGGUGCUUAUUUGGCUUCUCGAUUUGUGUAUCGAUAUGGAACUGAGCCAAGUCAAUUUGCCUUCUUUGAGUUCAUGUCACCAUACUUUGCCAAGAUCCAACAAUUGCCAGCAUAA